UAUUAGCAGUUUCCGACUGGAGUCCGCUAGUUUAUUUUCUACAAUAUUGUUUAAUAAUGGACAGAAACAGUUGUCCAUGUUGUCUAAUUCAGAGAGGAUGGAAAAAAUUUGGUUCCAAAGUGUUCUGCCCAGGCAUGGCAGUGUUUGCAGAAAAAGAGCAGCUGUUUCUGCCUUCAAUGAGAAAGAAAGCCUCCAUUGGACAGUCAGAUGGGACCUUGGAAGGGGUCACAUUAAUAGCUCACUGGCUGGUUGACGACAUGUCAACAUUUGAGAAUGGAGGCUUCACAAAAGAUGUUGGCAAAGUGAAGUACAUAAUUUGUGCUGAUUGCGAGAUUGGACCUAUUGGCUGGCAUUGCCUGGAUGACAAGUGAAGUGUGGCAUUGAACAGGGUAAACCAGGAAUAGAGCACAUGUCCGAGUCACUAUCUUUGAAAAUAUGGUAUUUGAAAGUACAAAUCCAUGGCUUACUUUUUGGAAAAACAUCUAUAGGUACAGUGUCUGCACUUCUUGCAGAAAUGUGGUGUUUCUAGAUGAUUAAUCCUUGUUUUGUGAACAAUUUCAUACUAGCCAUACUAUACACUAACAUAUGUACAACUGCACCUGCCUCUUUGGUUUUGGAUGAGAACAGACCAAAAUAUACCUACUUUUUUUUACUAUAGAUCUUGACAUCUCCAGUCUCCUUGGCAAUUAUAAUUUCAAGCUCAAUUACACUUUACACUUGAAAUCUUGAUCAUGCCUUGAGACUGCAAUGGCAAAAUAUACAGUGAAAUAGAGGUUUUGUUUUGGUCUGUUCUCACCCAAACCCGAUUGGAUCGCUUCAAAUUUACAUGGAUGAAACCACUGGAGUCGUAUGAAUUACUUUCAUGCUGCCUUUAUGAGCUUUAAAUUUUUUGUCACCAUUCACUUGCAUUGUUUGGACCAACAGAACUGAGACGACUUUGUUUCCUGCAGAAGAAAAAAGUUAUUAAAACCUGGGAUGGCACGAGGGUGAGUAAAUUAUGAGAGAAUUUUCAUUUUUGUGGGAACUAUUCCUUUAAUUACAGUUUUAAGUAUGUCAUAGAUGGAGACAAUGCUUUUAAACACAAGGCCUUUUCCAAUUCAUCUCACCUGUCCUUGAGUUUUGAAAGCAAAUGAAGCCACUUUGUAUGGAGAGCCUGGGGAGAAGGGCAAUGCUUGUCGAGUAACAAAAUAUCCUUGACCAGUUGAGAGACUUGCACCAUUAAAACUUGAUAAAUAAAAUA